AUGGACAGAGACUCCAAGUACAUUGCUCUACUGUUGCGGGCCACCGCUGCCGAGAGGGAACAAGCCGGCCCCCGGUACCAAGUACCUCGCAUCCUUCUUGCAACCUUGGCCCGUAUCAACAAACGCCCGCACGCCGAUCUGCCAAACAAUGUCGCCAUUCCAAACACUCGCGCAUCGUCGCUUGCUAUUUCGGGCGUACUGUCCUGCUGUCCUGCCGUCCUGCCCGCGUCCACAAGUGGCCUGUCUGCACCCUGCACCCUGCAAGCUUUGUCCAUACCGUACUCCUACAUACACUGUACAUACACACAGCAACCACAUGGACAGGAAACCAAACCCCCCUGGCACCACCAAGAAGAGGCGGGACACCUCCAAGCAUACUGGUACUGGAUUAUGGCAUGUGUGCGCAAAUGGGGCCAUCUCUUGGGUGUGCAGGGCAGUCCACUCUUACGAUUCGAAACCAAGAUGCCUCUUAGUCUUAGCCAUUCCUCUUUUCUGGGUCUUUGCACCCGAUAUAAUAUUUCCUUUACCCGUCCUCUCGCUUUGCGUGCAUGUGUGUGCCCUGCCCUGCCCUGCCCUGCUUCGGCCAAGUACCUCACCCAAGUAUUCCUCCUCCUCCUCCUCCUCCUCCUCCUCCUUCUCCUCCUCCCAACCCCCAGCCAGUUCCAGCCAGUCCCGGCCAGAGAAGCUCCCCAACAGCCACACCGGAGCACGAGGGACCAGUCUGCUCUUGGCAAUCACCUACUCUCUCCUGUUCAUCGACUGCCUGAUUCACUGGUGACACCCGUUCCCUCGCUCGCCGCCAGCUCAACGUUCCACACUCGUUUCCACUGGCCUCCAUCCUUCGACUCAAGACCUUCAUUGCUAGAGUAUCUUGCCAUUCCUCAUCCUAGCCUAAAAAGCGUCCUCUACACUCUCACGCUCGCUACCCCCUCCCUAUCCUGUUGCCGUACACUUUUGCUCUUGCUCCUCGUCACGCGAUCAUUCGCUGGUCAAGGGGUCCAAUUGAACCGUGCAACCAACCACCCACAACAAACACAAGGAGAGAUUGGCACAUGA